AUGAGCUUUGGUUUCGGCAUUGGCGACCUCGUCGCUGUUGUCAAGCUUGCGGACAAAAUCCGCGAGCGAUUUGUCGAUGCUCCCUCAGACUACAAGAGCGUCCGAGAUGAUGUUACUGUUGACGAGAUCAAGACCGAAGUUGAUCGAUUACACGAACGUCAAGACGACCGAGAACAACAACAGCUUCGGGAAAAGGUCCUAGAUUGGCUCUCAACAGUUGACUAUCAUGCUCAGCAAAGAGAUGCAAUCUGCCAGCGACAAGAGGGAACAGGGCAAUGGCUGUUAACAUCGAAAGAAUAUAAGAGCUGGCUAGAAACACCGGGAUCCACACUGUUCUGCCCCGGAAUGCCAGGCGCGGGAAAGACAAUCAUGUGUGCUAUCAUGAUUGAAGCGCUGCAUAAACUUGCUGCAGCUGAUCCAGACAACUCUCUCCAGAUCAACAUUGUAGCCACGUCUCGCGACAUAUUUCGCAAAACAUCACUUUUCAAUGGGUGUGUUCGGACAGAGAUUCGAGCCACGAGUGAUGAUGUUCACAAAUACGUCACGAGCAGAAUACCGGAACUACUUGAUGGACUCGUGAUGACCGAUCCACAGCUCGUAGAACAGGUCAGCCAGAGAGUGGUUGAAUCUACCGAAGGAAUGUUUCUCCUAGCACAAUUACACAUGGACAGUCUCAAAGAGCGGCCGACGAAAGGCCACCUCAAAAGAGCUCUGGGAACGCUUCCUCAAGGUUCAGAACGACUCCAUAAGACGUACGACCUUGCCAUGGUCAGGAUAAACUCACAAAGCCCGGACAAAGCAGCACUUGCGAACAACAUUCUUCAAUGGGUGGUGCAUUCUGUUCGGCCGUUGAGUGUUCCGGAACUCCUCGAUGCGGUAGCGAUUCAACCUGAAACAAAAGAGCUAGAUGAAGACUUUCGCCCCUGCCGGGAAGACCUGGACUCUCUAUGCAUGGGAUUAGUCACCAUUGAUCCAACUCUCAGGAUUGUUCGAUUGGUCCACUAUACCACCAAGGAAUACUUUGAGCGCCGAAAUGUUUUCCCUGAGGCGCACAGUAACAUUGCGCGUACUUGUGCCACGUAUCUUUCUUUUGACUGUAUAGUUCGCGAGUACCUAGAUCUUGAUUGUAUAGUUCGCAAGCCCCUGCAACGAGCCUUGCCUCGUUCGUGGAGUAUUCAUGCCGCCAAGGUCGACUCAUCUGUUGCAGUGGAGUUUUUACGAAGCUCUCCAGAUGUCCUCAACGCUUUCUGGGACUACAUCCGUCACCCGCUGGAGUACGACCAUGACUACAUCAUCCAAAACCUGCCAAGGUACGACGAUGAACAGGGAGCCGGAGUGUCACUUUGUGGGGCACACCUAGCGGCGCUGUUCGGUUUUGAAGACGCUUUAAUCACGCUCAUAGAGGACGGGCAGUCACCGGAUAUUGAAGACAGCUAUGGUAUGACCCCACUUUUCUAUGCUACAUGGGAGAAUCAGGCGAGUACCGCCACCUGUCUGGUCUACAGGUAUACUGUGGAUGUCAAUCAUCGCGCCUGCGAUGGCAGAACACCUCUAAUGCAUGCGGCCAAAUACGGUUCAUUGAAGGUAUCGCGAGUCUUGAUAGGGCUCAAAAAGACAGAUAUCAACGUUGUACCGGGCCUCAAAGAUUGGGACAUUGAGGAGGUAGUUGGGCCUCUGUUAGAAGCAAUUUUGCAUAGAAAUCUAGGCAUCGCAACCCUGUUCAUAAGAUCCGAAUAA